UUGAUGUUCCAAACCCGGCGUAGCCAGUCCGCUCUCUUAAAGAUCUAUGUUUCCCGAAGCUUUGCUCACAUGACUGUUAGAAACAACAAUGCUCGUCUCACCGGACAAGCGAACUGUAGUGCUAAUCAAAGAUGCAUGUAACCUUGGCUGGCACACAUCCUCCACCUCUUUAAACAGAGCCCAACCCCUGAAUACAUUGGAACCUUACAGACAAUUACAGUACAGUAAAGAGACAAACUCCCGCUGAGCUUCAUCAUCACCGCUCUACCUGGCUCUGCAGUGGCUCCAUUCUCAGGCUCAUUCCUGUGCGCUUCCAGCCGGACUCUGGGACAACCAUGGCUUAGGGACAUAAUUUGACCUAAUAUCCGAGUGCCAUGCCGUCACCAAAUGGCUACUCCAUCAACUCGGCCCCUUUGGAUGAGAGCGAGGACAGCGAACCCCUCAUCGAGAACGAUGCAGUCCAUCCCCAGUGCUGCUCGGCUCGCCUCAACCUGGCUGUCCUGAUGUUCCUUGGGUUCUCCGUGGUCUACGGUCUACGUGUGAACCUCAGUGUUGCCAUGGUAGCCAUGGUGAAUACCACUGAAACCGAACCGGCCCAGAACACCUCGGUAAUCAGUGCCUGUCCAAUGCCAGCUGGGUCGGAAAACACCAGUGACUUCUUCCCACAACCUGCGGGGAUCCCCCAGUACCCUUGGGACUCUGAGACUCAGGGCUGGCUGCAGGGGGCCUUCUUCUUCGGCUACCUGUGCACACAGAUCCCGGCUGGCUACCUGUCCGGUCACUACGGGGGGAGUGUCUUCAUGGGUUUGGGCGUCCUGGGCACCGCUGCACUCACGGUGUUAACCCCCCUGGCCGCCAGCAUGGGUGCAUACUGGCUGUUCGCUCUGCGAGCGUUGGAGGGCUUUGGGGAGGGUGUCACGUUCCCCGCCAUGAUGUCCCUGUGGGCUCGAUGGGCCCCCCCUCUGGAGCGCUCUCGCCUGAUGACGCUGUCAGGAUCUGGGGCCAGCUUUGGGGCCUUUGUGGCUCUGCCGCUUAGCGGCUACAUCUGCCAAACACUGGGCUGGCCCGCUGUCUUUUACCUCUGUGGUGGUACUGGUUGUCUGUGGUCGGUGUUUUGGUUUGCUUUUGCAUCAGAUGACCCUCGCACCAACCGGCGAAUCAGUAAAGAGGAGCAAGAUUACAUCAUCAACGCCAUUGGAUCACAGGGAACAGGUCAUGGCUGGUCGGUGCCUGUGCUGCCCAUGCUGCUGUCAGUCCCUCUGUGGUCCAUCAUCAUCACCCAGAUGUGCUCAAACUGGUCCUACUACACCAUGCUCACCUCCCUGCCCACGUACAUGAACGACAUCAUGCACUUUGACAUCAAAUCCAAUGGGUUCCUCUCCGCUGUGCCGUAUCUUGGGGCCUUGUUUUUCUCGACGCUGUCGGGUGUCGCGGCGGACAGCCUCAUCGAGAGGAAAGUCUUUAGCAUCACCGUUGUACGCAAGCUCUUCACACUCAUAGGUCUGUUGUCCGGGGCAGCUUUCCUCGUGGCCGUGAGUUACGCCGGCUGCAGCCACAUCCUCACCGUCACCUUCCUCACACUCUCUGCAACCAUAGGAGGGAUGACUGCUGCCGGAGUCUACAUGAACCAAAUAGAUAUCGCUCCACGGUAUGCAGGACUCCUUCUAGGAAUCACCAACACAUUCGGGACCAUUCCUGGAGUUGUUGCACCCAUCGCUACAGGAUACUUUACGGAGGACCGCACCAUGGCAGGCUGGAGAAAGGUGUUCUGGGUGGCUGCCGGGAUCAACGUCGUCGGUGCUAUCAUCUUCACAAUAUUCAGCAGUGGGACGAUCCAGCCGUGGGCCGUCGUCAAGGACGACGUAGCGGAAGCCGAGAAAGACAGAAGCCAUUCCAACUCCACGUGAAAACGUGAAUAUCCAGACAAAGACAUCCGACAGUGUCCGAUGUGGUACAGCUUUAAUAGAAAUAUAUGAACCUUGAAAACGAGAAUACUACCUCUUUAAAAUGUAUAAAUCCUAAAACACAUAUCAAAUAUUAUGGAAGAGUGUGAGAGGUGUAGAAACGGUAUUAUCAACCAAGAAUAGCAUGAUCAGGAAUAAUUUGAUUCUUAGUUUAUUUAUCAGUAAUGCUUUGGAAGGUUUAUCCUCAGGUACGCAUUUGAGCAGAAUUUUAGAAUAAUAAAAGAGAUGACGGAUUAUAGAGCAGUUUUAUACAUGUAUUGCGAAAUGUACUUAUAUUUUUAAAUUAGGAAAAAAAACACUACUGGGUAUUUAACAAUCAGGAUUUUUUUUACUAGUCUAUUGUUGUAGAGGCUUACAGGAGAGAAAACUAAGGUUCAACUCUUUGUGUUAGAUAAAUAUUGUAAAGUUGUACAAAACAAUACAUGGACCAUACAGCACCUUCGGUUGGAUCAAAACAAAUUUCUUUUUUAAACAUUUUCUUGCACUGUGAGCGAGAUGCGUCUGUUUUAAGGACCAAUGCACAGGAGUGUUAAAGCGGUAUUAACCUCUUUACCUUUAGCUGCUUUGAUUACAGCUGUGUCCUGAAUUUCCUGAACCCUUCUAGACUGUCCACGAGGACACAGAGAGGCACUUUCAUCACAGAAAAAUAUAACAAGAGUCAUAUAUGUCAUAACAGUGCCUGUUUUUAUGCUAAAUAAUUAAAGUGAUUGCAUUUUUUAUCUUUAUAAAUCUAGGUUUCUUUAGGCACGUUGAGAAAACCAAAGCACCUUUUGCAAAGAAUGUCAUGUUUUGUGAUGAUUUACUUUUUGAGAUACUGCGGAAUUGCAGUGUUUUUAAUACCUUAAAGGUUUCUCCAACCCCAAUAAUUGUUCUUCUUUUUUUAAAUAGGACUCAACUAUUUUUUGCCUUCUUUACGCUGUAUUGUGGUUGUAAAGAUACAAUGUUUUUAAAUACAAUGUGUUUUCCUA